AUGAGUUUGUCUCAGGUUGAGAGGAAUCUGUGUCAGUUUUGGUCCUUGAGGUUUCAUGUUGACCGGAGGUAUGUUCAGAAUGUGUUUUCGAGGUUAGAGAUGGCUGUUGCAGGUUCAGGAAUAAUUUUAUCAGGUGCUGAAAUGUUUGUUUCAGGUGUUGGGGAUGUGCCUAUUUUUGGGCUCGGCUGUCCCAUUUUGUUGGGGAUUAUCAACACAACAAGAUUGAUGGAUGAUUUCUUGUUACAAGAUGCUGGAUGCUGGACAGAUGCUGCAACCUUAGCUUCAAGUCACUUAAAUGGAUCUGAUUAUGCAAGGGUGUUGCAAAGGUGGGCUGGACAAGUUCAUCGCAAUGAACAUAAUAUAUGGAGGGCUCUGAUUUUGUAUGUUGCUGGCGGUGCACUGCAAGAGGCAUUGGCAGUACUUCGUGAUGCACAACUACCUGACACAGCUGCAAUGUUCAUUCUCGCUUGCCGUGAAAUCCAUGCAGAGUUAGUUUCGAAGUUAGGUAAUCCUGACGAUGAAUCAAAUUCUUCCAUCCAUGGUAAGGUACCACACUUGCCAGGGUUAGAUCCUCAGAAUGACGAUGUCAUUGCUGUUGGUGAAUACUAUGGGCAGUAUCAACGAAAAUUAGUGCACCUAUGCAUGGAUUCGCAGCCAUUCUCAGACUAAAUACAGAGUUUCAUGACAUGGGUUCAAUUCUUUCAAUUUAUAUAUUCUUGAUGGCAUUAUUCAAAACGAGAGCAAAGUUCUAGUUUGACUCUCAUGUCAGUCCUGUUCAUCCUUUAGGUCAAAGGAUCAGAAGCUUUCAGUACAUUGUCAUUGCUGUAAGUGUAUGCUGGAGAAACUUGGAGAGGCAAUAUAUCAGUUUUGAUUAAACAUUUCUGAUUGAUUGCUGAGAAAACGUUGUCCUGAAAGUUUUUCCCCCCUCGAUGAUUCAAGCUCUUGGGUCGAUUAUACUAUUACAGCUGGUGUGUAAAUUUGUGUCAACAACAAAUUGUUUGUAACCUUGCUGUUUUGAUAGGAUGAGUUGAAGAGGUUGGAUAUGCGGCUCGAGAGUAGUGUGCUAUUAUGAUGAUUAAAUAGGACCUACUUCACUGCUGUUGAAAAAGUGAAGUUUUUUUUUUUUUUAAUUCUUCAGUUCUUACCACUGUUUUCCAAGAAUCGUUACACUUCUGGGUACUCUUAAUGAAUCAAAUGGUCGAACUUUAUCCUGAUGA